AUGGAGACAUCGGAUCAAGGGCCAUCACAGGAGUUUAUCUUGUAUGCUGGUGAAAUAUUGAUGAGAUGUUUUGUUGUAGGAGUAAAAGAUAAAGAUAUUCCUCAAACAGAGGAAGAACAUAAUUCUUUGUGUGUAGGAGUUGGUUCGCCGAUAGAAGAAAAUGUAAAAAGCAUGAAUAAAGGUGCUGGAAAGACCCGAAUACGAAUUCCAAUUUUUAAGAAAAAAAGGCGGGAACAAGAUCAUAAGCGGAAAAUCUCCGCUUCAGCCACUCGGUUGCUGCGCACUGUCUCCAUCCAUCAUAUGCAAUGUAAUGACUAUGUUCUUCCCGAUGAUUUGGCAACCAUUAAAGAUGCUUCAACAGUUGAACUUCAUCCACAUGACAUUGUUUCUUCACUGAGUGGUGUACAUUUGCCAUUGAUGCUGCAAGGCCCUGAUGGAUCUAUUCCUGGGAAACAAUGUGAAGUAUGUGGGUCGGCAAAUAGUUCACAUUUUGUGGAUAAUAACCAGCUAGAAGAGCUAACCAAUUUUUUUCUGAAGAAGGAAUUGCUGCUCAGAGAAGAGUUAAAAGAAGUAAAAGAGGCUUUGUCAAAGCAGGACAAGAGCUUGAAAGAAUCAGGUGAUGAUGUUACUAUUAGAUCCAAAGAUUUCUUGCAUAUGGUGGAAUUGUUAAAUGCAAACAAGGAGUUGUUUAUAAAAGUUGUUCAAGACCCAAGGUUAGGACUCACAAAGUACAUACAGGAUCAAUCAAAUUCCCAGGUAUCGGCAGGGUUAUGGAAAUCUUGUUCAUUUCCAGUAACAGCAGUAAACAGUGGUGGGCUUCCUCAACUGACACACAAGAGGAUGGAAAGUGAACCCUCUACCUCUUCAGAAGGAAAACUUCAAGUUGAGUGCUCACCCUCUGAUCACAGCAUUCUUGACGAAGUUGCUCAUUCAGUGAAAUUAGAAGAUGGUGGAGCAGAAGCCAGUCGGGAGAAGGAGACUAACAUAUUGAAGAAACAAAAUAACAAUGCAACCGUAUUAAGCCGCUACAAAUACAUUAAGCAUAGGAUAAUGGAUGUGAUAAAGGAUAACAGCAAAGAGCUUCAUCGAAUCUCAAUGGAUAGCAUUAUGCAUAAAAUUCCCUGUGGUCGUAAAGUAUCCAAUAAUAUGAAGAAAGGUGUCCUAGGCUCAUGGAAAAGAUGCUCAUCUGAAAGCUUUGUCAGAGACAGCAAAUAUGCAAGUAAAAGAAUUAGAAGGUCUCGCUCGCUUACCGAAUCUUUAGAUAAGUAUUCCGGUUUGUUAAAAUCCAUAUCAAGCAGAGAACCUGAAAGGCCACCGGAGAGAUCGCAAACAAUGAGAACAGAUAACUCUUUGGAUAGAAUUUUUUCCCUUCCUGACUUUGAUUCGUAUAUAUCAAAUGAGGAUGAUGAAAGUAGAGGACAUAAUGCAUCUCUGUCACUAGAUUUAGAGAGUACAUAUAUUUUGGAUGGCUGUUUCUUAGAUGGUACAGACAAUUCUGAUGAACUGAAGAUGGUGGGUGAUUAUGCUGAAUCAGAUUUAUUACUAGAACGAAUCAUAGUAGUAGAUGAUCAAUUGACAGUUCAUAGAGACAUGGAAAUUAACUAUUCGACUAAUGAGCAAGAUCGAGAUAAACAUUCUAUCACACCACAUGAUUUUACAGUUCAAGAAGAUUUAGAGAAUGUUGAAAGAAUUGAAGCAGACAUUGAUAAUGACGAAGCUUCAAUGGAGCUCACUGUCUUGAGCAGCACCCUUAACAUUGGUGUGCAACGGAAAGACGAGGCUGAGUUCAACUAUGUGCAAGCAAUCUUACGAAAAUCUGGAUUCAUUGGCGAAGAUUAUCUCAGGGAAUUAUACUCACCCGACCAUCCAACAAACUCCGAAUCCGACAAAGUAUUCGAUGAAGAACUUCUGUUCGAUCUUGUCAAUGAAGUUUUAUUCGAAAUUUACAACAAUUUAUUCACAUACUGCCCAUUGUUGUCACAUUUGGUUUCGCGCACAAGGCCAGUGCCUUCAGGAUCACAUCUGCUUCAGGAGGUGUGGGCAAACAUUAGUUGGCAUCUAAGUUCUCAAAUGCAGGAAGAUGAGGCUGUAGAGUCACUUGUGGCUCGGCAUUAUGCCCGGAAUGAUGGAUGGAUGAAUCUUCAGCAUGAGAUUGAGAUUGUGGGUCUUGAAUUGGAGGAUAUAAUACUCAAUGAUUUACUCGAUGAAGUUGUAUAUCAAUUCCAUAAAUUUUAUCGUCAAUAA